GAUGACAUUGACAUCUGUCUGAAGAAUUUGUUGGUUAGGAUUUUAGUAGUUGCUUUGAUGUUAUAUUUUGUAUAAAUUUGUAAUUAUUCUAUUCUCAUUUUGAUUGCAUUUGCACAUUAUGGCUACAUCAAAAACCACCAAUACCUACAAUAGACAAAACUGGGAAGAUGCUGACUUCCCUAUUCUCUGUCAGACAUGUUUGGGUGAUAAUCCAUACAUAAGAAUGACCAAAGAGAAAUAUGGAAAAGAAUGUAAAAUUUGUGCGCGUCCUUUCACUGUCUUCCGAUGGUGCCCCGGGGCUAGAAUGCGCUUCAAGAAAACAGAAGUAUGCCAGACUUGCAGCAAACUGAAAAACGUUUGCCAGACGUGCCUGCUCGACUUGGAAUACGGUUUGCCUAUUCAAGUGCGCGAUGCAGCCUUGAAAAUGAAGGACGACUUACCCAAAAGUGAUGUCAACAAAGAAUAUUACAUUCAAAACAUGGAACGAGAGCUUGCAAGGUCAGAUCCAGACACGAUAAGCAGCAAACUCAGCGAACCAAACGAUCUUCUGAUGCGUCUGGCUCGAACUGCUCCAUAUUAUAAGAGAAAUCGCCCGCACGUGUGCUCCUUUUGGGUGAAGGGCGAAUGCAGACGAGGAGAAGAAUGCCCAUAUCGUCACGAAAAACCCACCGAUCCCGAUGAUCCGCUAGCCGAUCAGAAUAUCAAAGAUCGUUAUUAUGGCGUAAACGAUCCUGUUGCCGAUAAAUUGCUGAAAAGAGCAGCCGCUAUGCCAGCUCUACCUCCACCAGAUGAUCUAACCAUCACUACAUUGUAUAUCGGAAAUCUUGGAAAUUUAACUGAACAAGACAUAAGAGAUCAUUUCUACCAGUACGGUGAGAUCCGCUCGGUAAGUCUAGUGCCGAAGCAACAAUGCGCCUUUGUGCAGUAUACUACUAGAGCAGCAGCGGAGUCAGCGGCGGAGAAAACCUUCAACAAGCUAAUCUUGGGCGGGAGACGUCUCACCAUAAAAUGGGGUCGUUCGCAGGGGCGCACUGGCCCGGCGGCGAUCGGUCACGUUCCGGAAAAUUACGAACCCGUUCCGGGCCUGCCGGGCGCCCUGCCGGAAUUGAGCAACAACUUCUUCAACUUGGAGCCGGGGCAUAUUCCGUUGCCGAAUAUGCCGCCGCCGCCGUCUCUGAUGGUGCCGCCGCUGUUCGCUCCUCCGCCGCCCAUUCCGCCGUUCUUCUUCAAUCCGCCGCAGUUGCCGCCGUUCGCGGGGGCGUCUGCUAGUUCGAGCGCUGCUAGUAGCGCUGGAGAGGCGGUGCCCGUGCCCGUUCCUGUUCCUAAAGCGCCGGUGCAUUAUCCUAGUCAGGAUCCGUCCCGGUUGGGGGCGACACAAAUACAGGAAUAGGAUUUUUUUAUGUAAUUCGAUGAUACUUGUAUGGUAAUAUUUUAAUUUACUUGAAUAAACGGUACAUAAGAG